AAUCGAAAGAUCCUACGGAUUGGUUGAGCUGCAGUCACAUGGUCAAUUCAGCCAAUCUCAUUAGCGUUCUGAGAUUCCCUAGUCUCAUUUUGUUCAGCAAGGCUUUUUUUUUUACCAGUCAGAAGAAGACCGUCGUUGAUGGUGGUCUUGAGCCAGCAUUACCAAGCUACAAAGAAUAUCUGCCAACGUGCAUUUAUCACUGCCAUUCCGUACCUGUGGGUAGUCCUUCCAGCAAAUCAUGCCUCCCCCAGUGCGUCACCGCUCCAUGCGAAUCUUUGUGAAUGACGACCGGCACGUCAUGGCCAAGCACUCGGCCGUGUAUCCCACACAGGAGGAGCUGGAGGCUGUCCAGAACAUGGUGUCCCACACCGAGCGGGCCCUCAAGGCCGUGUCAGACUGGCUGGAUGAGCAGGAGCGCGUCACCGCCAAGCCCGGCGGGGGAGACGCAGACGGGGCAGAGAAGGAGAGUGAGAUGAAAUCUGUGGAGCAGCCCACACGGUCUUUGCGUGGAGUCAUGAGGGUGGGGCUGGUGGCCAAAGGCCUGCUUCUGAAGGGUGACCUGGACUUGGAGCUGGUCCUACUGUGCAAAGAUAAGCCUACCAUCAACCUGCUCAAAAAAGUGUCUGACAACCUGGGAGCGCAACUGAAGCUCAUCGCAGAGGAGAAGUACGAGGUCACGGCCAGCAUCCGCGAUGCCAGCAUAGUCAUCAAGAACUCCAAGGAGCCGCCCCUCACCCUCACCAUCCACCUGACCUCGCCUGUGGUCCGAGAGGAGGCAGAGAAGCAGGCAGCCGGAGAAUCGCUAACAGUCAACGAUCCCCCGGAUGUUCUGGACAGGCAGAAAUGCCUUACUGCCUUGGCGUCUCUUCGCCACGCCAAGUGGUUCCAGGCCAGGGCCAACGGACUGCGCUCCUGUGUCAUCGUGAUCCGUAUCCUGAGGGACCUCUGUUCACGCCUUCCAGUGUGGGCUCCUCUGCGAGGAUGGCCCUUAGAACUCCUGUGUGAGAAAGCCAUUGGCACAGGGAACCGCCCAAUGGGAGCUGGCGAGGCUCUUAGGAGGGUACUGGAGUGUCUGGCGUUUGGCAUCCUCAUGGCAGAUGGCUCUGGAAUCUGUGACCCGUGUGAGAAAGAACUGACAGAUGCUAUAGGUCACAUGGACCGCCAGCAGAGGGAGGACAUUACACAGAGUGCACAGCAUGCGCUCAGGCUCUCUGCUUUUGGGCAGCUACAUAAAGUCCUGGGAAUGGAUCCCCUGCCCUCGAAAAUGCCCAAGAAACCCAAGAGUGAGACCCCCAUCGACUACACAGUUCAGAUCCCACCCAGCACAGCCUAUGCCCCUCCCAUGAAACGCCCAAUCGAGGAUGAAGAGACCAAUGACGACAAGAGCCCUAACAAGAAGAAGAAGAAGCUGCAGAAGAAAUCUCCUGAGGAGAAAGCAGAGCCUCCACAGGCCAUGAAUGCGCUGAUGCGUCUGAACCAGCUGAAGCCAGGGCUGCAGUAUAAACUCCUCUCACAGACCGGCCCCGUGCACGUGCCUGUUUUCACUAUGGCUGUAGAGGUGGAUGGGAAAACAUUUGAGGCUUCAGGCCCAUCCAAACGCACUGCCAAACUGCAUGUGGCUGUCAAGGUCCUGCAGGACAUGGGUCUGCCCACAGGCGCCGAGCAGAAGGUGAUCGAGCCUUUGAGGAUAGAGGAGACGCCCAUCAGCGUGGAAGAAACAGAACCUGCUGUCACCCCCACUGAAGUCGACAUUGACACUGCCACACCGACAGCCAAGCCAGAGGCCACAGAUUCUGCUGAGAAUGCCAGACAGCAGGGCCCCAUCCUUACAAAGCAUGGGAAGAACCCUGUAAUGGAGCUCAACGAGAAGCGCCGUGGCCUCAAGUACGAGCUCAUCUCAGAGACGGGUGGAAGCCACGACAAACGCUUUGUCAUGGAGGUGGAGAUUGACGGACAGAAGUUUCAGGGCUCCGGCUCCAAUAAGAAGGUGGCGAAGGCUUAUGCUGCUCUGGCUGCACUUGAGAGGCUUUUCCCUGAGGGUGCAGUCUCUGAAGCGGCCAAAAAGAAGAAGCUCCCUCCAAUGCAUGCUCAAGGUUUCGGCAUGAUGGGCGGACCCCCAGCUGACGCUGCAGCCAAUCCCAGAGGCCGAGGCAGAGGGAGAGGCAGGGGCCGUGGCAGAGGGUUUAAUAACGGUGGUGGUUAUAGUCAAGGUGGUUAUGGAACAUAUGGCUAUGGAAACAAUGCCAACUCGGGAUAUAUUGACUACUAUAACAACGGAGGAGCCAAUGGCAGUGGCGCCACGUCAGGAGGAGGAAGCCCAGGAGCCAAUCAGAGUGGAGGAGGGGGAACAGGGAGCUAUAACUCCUACUACUCAUCCGACUCCAGCUACUCAUCCACUCCACCUGCCUCCAAGCCCCCUGGCAAGAAGGCCCCCAUGCACCAGGGGGGCAAACCUCCCGGAGCAUCCCCAGGGAGCUACCAGACCACCCCUCCUCCUCCAGGACAGGGAGGCUAUGGCCAAUAUGGACAAGGCUACGGCCAGGGCAAAAAGAACUUCAGCCAGGCCUCUGGAGGAGCGCCGGGGGGAUACUCUAACUACAGCACUGCCUACCCCAGCCAGGUCACUGGAGGAGCUGGAGGACAGGACUACAGUUAUGAGGGAUAUAGUGGCCAGUCAAGCUACAGUACGCAGGGAGGACAGAGUUAUGGUGCUAACCCAGCUCCUUACCACAACCCAGUGGGCUACGGUCGAGGGGACCCCAACAUGAACUACCAAUAUAGAUAAACUGACUGACAACCAACCCACUCCUCUUAGUUCUCCUCUCAAUUUCUACUUCCUCCCUCAAUGGCAAAAGUAGCAGUGACCCUCAUGAUGGUGCCCAACUCUCAGAUACAUCCUGUUCGAGCUCAGCUUGUUCACAAAGGGGGCAUGAACUGAGUGAGUCAGUGUUGGGAAGGUAAAAUAGUCUCUUUCUGUGUUUAAUCUUUUAUUUUUAUUUCCUUUUUUUUAUGUUUUAAAUCAGUGCAAGCCUGUGAACUGCCCAUCUAAAAAGUGAACUCCACCCAUCACCUGCAUGUUGUGACCUCAUGUUUGUAAUGUGAACUUUGCUGAUGACGUCUGUCAGUAUCCCGUUGAAUGGGCCAAACCUCACAACCUCCCAUGAUGUUUGUACCCAUUCUUAGAACGUUUUAUUGCAGCAUUUCCCCCUCUUUUUAGGUUUUAAGUUUUGGUCUUUUUUUAAUUUUCUUUUAUUCUAUAGCCUAAUGUGAGCCUUACCUCUAUUUCAUUAAAUAAUCUGCACGAUUAAUGUUAUUAGCACAUAUGAGUUUCGUUUUCAAGCAAAUCAUUUCAAACAUAGUUGUGAAAGCGGACAUAAUUGAGUUCCAGGUCAAAAGUAGCAUUCAGUGUGUUUGGGAGGGAUGUGUUUUUCUCAAAUGUUGAAUGUGAAUUUCUAUGAAAUAAAAUUUUAUUUUGAAGGAA